AUGUCUCAUCUGGACAAAUCAGAACCAGAGACCGUUACUGGAGGUCUCCAAGAGAAGAUCCUUGAAAAUCCCCUGUUAGAGAAAGAAAACCCCAAAGGUCUGUCUGCUGCAGUUGUGUUCCAACAGAAACUCUUCGGGCCCGGAUUUGGUCGUUUCAUGGCGUCGACUACCGACUCUUCAGUAAUUACUCCUAUUCCCAUUCCCUCCGAUACCAUGACUAAGAAUGAAGAGCCUAUGAGGAUCGAAUCUGCAGGCAUGGAAGUUAAUAUUCUGGAUCCCCCCCCUGCAUCAGGCUCUAUUGUCAUUACAGGGAAGGAGGCCACAAUGCCAACACUAAUUACUCUAACUGCUUCACUUCCCCAGUUCCAACGUCCUUUUGCUAUUACAAGUGUUCCCAAUAACCCUUUUCAAACGGGGGUUGCAUCUGACGAAGAAGCUUUAGAUAAGGCUCGGUCUUGCUUGAUGGAAGGAAUUCAUUUGCUGAAUGAAGUGUCCUUACGCACUAAGGCACGUUCAUAG